CUAAAUUCUAAAUUCUAAAUUCUAUUCCAUUUAGUAUUUAUUCUUUCUUGGUCGCACAACUUUCUUGUUUCCUCCAACCAUUUUCUCUUUCUCUCUCUCUUUCUGCGAUUCGCACACAAUGGGUCUUUGGGAUUCCUUCCUCAAUUGGCUUCGCAGCUUGUUUUUUAAACAGGAGAUGGAACUUUCCCUUGUUGGCCUUCAGAAUGCUGGCAAGACUUCUCUCGUCAAUUCAAUUGCUACUGGGGGAUACAGUGAGGACAUGAUUCCAACGGUUGGGUUCAACAUGCGGAAGGUGACAAAGGGAAAUGUCACCAUAAAGCUUUGGGACCUUGGUGGACAGAGGAGGUUCCGAACCAUGUGGGAGCGAUACUGUCGCGGUGUCUCUGCCAUUGUGUACGUUGUAGAUGCUGCUGAUAGAGACAGUGUUCCGAUAUCUCGAAGCGAGUUACAUGACCUAUUGACAAAACCUUCUUUGAGUGGGAUUCCUUUGCUUGUUCUUGGAAACAAAAUUGACAAGUCAGAAGCUCUUUCUAAGCAAGCAUUGGUAGAUCAGCUAGGACUUGAGUCCAUGAAAGACAGAGAGGUCUGCUGCUACAUGAUUUCAUGCAAGGACUCCGUAAACAUAGAUGUGGUCAUUGAUUGGCUAAUCAAACACUCAAGAACUGCAAAUUGAUCCUUGGUUUGACCAGUAUUUCAUUUUUGGUCAAAGAUGCAAGGUGUUGAGGAAAUUCCAUCACGGUAGAAUACAUUUUCUUUAAUUUUAGUUGUGGUUUUCAAGUUUGUUUGUACAGUGAUCAAACCAGGUCAAAUCUUCCAGGCAAUGUUCUUAUGUACAAUUUUUAAAUUUUUUUUUUUUUUAUGCUUUCUACUUUUAAUAAAAUACAAGUCCAGCAACUUUAUUUGUCUGAAAAA